GUUUUGCUACGCGGUCGACGCCUAUCUGGUGAUCCGGAGAUCAGCAGGACAGAGCACCAUCCUGCUUUACCACAUCAUGGCCUGGGGCCUGGCCGUCCUGCUGUGCGUGGAGGGAGUGGUCAUGCUCUACUACCCGUCCGUGUCCAGGUGUGAACGGGAUCCGGAGCUCGCCAUCCCACACUAUGUCACCACGUACUUGCCGCUGCUGCUCGUCCUGGGGGCCAACCCCAUCCUAUUCUGGAAGACCGUGACCGCAGUGGCCUCUUUACUAAAGGAAGAAAAGGCAUUUACACAGAGAACGAGAGACGGAUGGGAGCCGUGAUCAAGAUCCGAUUUUUCAAAAUAAUGCUGGUUUUAAUUAUUUGCUGGUUGCCAAACAUCAUCAACGAAAGCCUUUUAUUCUAUCUUGAAAUGCAACCAGAUAUCAACGGGAGCUUUUUGAGACCUGUGAGAAAUGCGGCCAAGACCACGUGGUUUAUAAUGGCGAUACUGAACCCAGCCCAGGGAUUUCUCUUGUCUUUGGCCUUCUACGGCUGGACAGGAUGCAGCCUGGAGUUUCAGUCUCCCAGGAAGGAGAUUCAGUGGGAAUCCAUGGCAACCUCUGCCGCGGAGCAGCCCUGCCUGUCCCCAGAUGGCUCCAGCGCACCCGGUGAGAGCCUCACUCCCAGGAAGGUGCUGCGACUCGGCGGGCACGUGUCCGACGAGGCCCUGAGCCUGUUGUCUGAAGGUUCCGACGCCAGCACGGUUGAAAUCCAUGUCACAAGCGGGUCCCGCAACGAAAAUGAGGUGGAAUCUGUUCCCGAACCCCAGGGAGACCUCUGAGAGGGACGUGACAGGGGUCCGGUCCCCACAUCCUCAGGUUCUGCGUUUCUCACUCUUUAGAACUGCAUUCUCCCCACAAACCUUCCUGUCCUCACCGUGUUGUAACGGUUCCUUCCCGAGGAGUAGCCGUGGUAAGAGACGCGAUCCGUGAGCACGAGCUUGGGAACAGAGAGAGCAUUCCUUCCAGACCAGACAUAGCAGCUGCUCUCCCCUCUUCUGAGGUUGCCUAUAAUGUAAAUGCCAGACCCAGGUCCUUAGAAAAGUGAAUAAAGUCGUUGUAACUGAGCUCCAGGCCUGGCUCACAUGCUGUCUGAACAACAUCUCUAGCAAAUGCUCUUGAGCAAGGUCUUGAUGACGUAGCCCCUGGUCCCCAUGUUGUGCUGAGCAGUGACCUGGUCUAAGGACUCCUUGGCCCUGACUGACACCAUUUCCCAG